AUGCCUGAGGUAGACGAGGGAAUCCAGAAUCUAUCAAUUGAGAAAGCUGAUGCAGGUGCAACUGCAACUGCAACUACGGCCGAAAAACACAAUCAGGCUCUGAACUCAACUCUGAAGACAGGCCUAGAUAAGAGCGUGGAGUCUCAAACAGCUAAUUCCGCUGGAUCCAGCCCAACAAGCGCCACCAGCAGCAGCAACAACCCCCAAUACUAUGUAAAGUCUACCAUCAAGUCAACCAAAUUGAAUGAUGAACAGGCUCAGAAACUUACCAAACUUAUCUCGUCUGUUCCUGAUAUUUUAAAGCAGACAAAAAAUCCAGCAUAUGAUGAAAUAUUUGGAUAUAGGAUCAAUUCUGAUGAUUUGGAGUAUGUUGAUAUCCCCAAGCGUAAUGAGAUUUUGUUAAAGUUUCUUGCGGCAGAUAACUAUGACUUGGACUUGGCAACAAAGAGAUUGAUUGCUACGUUUAAUUGGAGAAAUGAAUUUCAGCCAUUACAUGCUGCAUUUGACGAAAAGUUUCACCAGGAAUUGAAUGAGUUGGGUGUUAUCACCCAGUUUGCUUCGGGUAAUGAUAAUCUCCAUGUUAUUACAUGGAAUCUUUAUGGUAAUUUAAAAAGCCCCAAAAAGAUUUUUCAAAAAUUUGGCGAGGGUGCAGACGAUGGACAGAGAGAGGGACUAGCUAAAAGCAGCAGCAACAGCAACAGCAGCAGCAGCAGCAGCAGCAGUAGUGGUAACAAUAGAGGCAAGAAUCUUCCAGGGAGUCAGUUUUUACGUUGGAGAAUUGGGUUGAUGGAGAAGGCUUUGCAGCUUGUUGACUUUACAGAUUCCAAGAACCACAAGAUUGCGCAGAUUCAUGAUUAUAACAAUGUUUCGAUGUUUAGAAUUGAUCCUGGGAUGAAAGCUGCGACUAAGGAGAUUAUUGAGAUUUUUGGACAAAAUUAUCCCGAGUUGUUGAGUACCAAGUACUUUAUUAAUGUUCCCUUGAUCAUGGGUUGGGUGUUUACUUUUUUCAAGACUAUUGGAGUGAUUAGUGCCGAGACGCUAAAGAAGUUUCAAGUAUUGAAUCACGGGGAUUUAAAGGAAACGUUGCCAAAACAGGAGUUACCUGAGAGUUAUGGUGGAGUUAAGAGUGCAAAGGGGGAUCCAAAAAGAAGUUUAUUUGAUUUGGAUGUGAGUGAAAGCAUCAAGUUGACAAAAUACGGCCAAGUUGUGUUGCAAAGACUUGGCGAUGAAGAGAUUGCACAUAAUAAUGACGAAGUAGAGUAA